AAUUCAAUAAUAUUCAAUCGUACACAUUGUUUAGAAGCGUUACCACUCCAACCCAUCCUGCGCAGCGUGACGCGCUGAAGUACGUCUGCAGCCUCAUCUUCAUUCGGCUAGCAGGAAGUAUGUUGAAUAGGUGGGAAGAAAAAAGACCGAGAAGAACCAAAGUCGGUGGUUGAUCUAGGGAAAAAAAUCCAAAUGGCUAGUCAAUGAGCUUGUUAAUUUCGCGCGCUCAGAUAGGGUUUCGAUCACCCCACUCAUUAUCGUCUCGGAACGGAUUUGUAACAGGUUAGCUGUAGGGUUCAACUGGGGCAGAGGGGAAACUGCAUAAUGGUAUUCCAUUCAGACAAAAUGUAGGUCUGCUCCAAGUGACCAGUCACAGCCUGGACGCACACUCACUGCGCUGCUCUUGCGGGGUUGGAAUUGAAUGGCCAAGAGGAGAGAAUAUCUGUGAAUCAGUGCCCAAGCCGAGGAGGACAACGACGAGCCGGUCGAAGACGAGAGGGACUACGGACUAGCCCAGGACCUGUCCGACACGGGCUUCCGGACUCACCUGAACAACAGCGGGAUGAUGGGCCACGACCACGACGGCCAGAACGACAAGCAGAAAUCGCCCGGAUCCGAGGACGCCUGGGACCGCCCGUUCAAGUGUGACCUGUGUGACCGCACCUACAGACACCACGGUAGCCUCGUGAACCACAAGAAGUCUCAUCAAGAGGGUGCGUUUAAGUGCGCCAGUUGUUACAAGCAGUUCAAUAACUUAGCAGCCCUCAGCGCGCACGAGCGCACCCACUCCAAGUUCAAGCCCCCGGGCUUGUCUAUGAGCGGCGGACUCGCCGACAGCCAGUCAGAUAGCCGCGCCCCGCAGAGUGACGACAUGGCCUCCUGCUUCUGCCACCUCUGCCAGGUAGCCCUGCCCAACAAAAAUGACUUCCAAGAGCACAUUCUCUUGCAUAACGCUGCCUCCUCCUCUCUGGGGCUUACCCGGGGCUUCCCGGGCAUUGUGCCACAUAACCUGAGCACGGUCCGCUCCCCUGGCGUGCACCCAUACACCCCCACUCUCGGGGACCCCCUGCCGCUGCCCCCCUUGACCGACAAGCGCUACGACCAGAUGCUUGGCCCCCCAGUGAACAACCCCAUAUACACUUGUGCGUACUGCGGGGCCGGGCACCCUGACCUGGAGAGCCUGAAAGUUCACUACCUGACUCAUGACCCGCACCCCCCGCCGCACGCCCAAGAGGGCCCCUCGAUCCUGAACACUGACAGCCUGGGCUCCAACUCCCAGCCGUCGGUGUCGUCCCCCGGAGCAGGUGAGUCUCGGGGGGGCCAGCAGUCGUCCUCAGUGGACGACGGCGACCGUAGGUUUAAGUGCAAUGAGUGCGGCAAGAGCUACCGCCACGCCGGCAGCCUGGUGAACCACAAGCGCUGCCACCAGACGGGGCACUACCAGUGCACGAUCUGCUGCAAGCAGUACCCGCACCUGGCCGCCUUGCACAGUCACCUGCGCAGCCACAAGACCCGGCCCACCUCGCAGGGCCUCAACAACGAGGGCGACUGGCUGUCCCCUGAGCCCCUCACGCUGGACUCUCAGCAGGGCUUCGUCCACUCCCAGGACCAGGGCAGCGGCGCCACCACCCCCAUCUCCCUGCCGGGCAACCUGGGCGACGCCGCCCACUUCGUGCCCGACGGCGGCCACAGCAGCGGCCUGGACUCGCUGGAGUUCCACGACCGCUUCGACGGCUCGCUCUCCCAGGGUAACUCGGGCCACUCCCCGCUGCCCCAGAGCCACCGGCAGGCCGACCGGCACAUGUGCGCCGACUGCGGCGAAAUGUACUCCGACAUCUCGGGCAUCAAGUCCCACAUGUGCCCGCAGCGGCGCCAGCAGCAAGGCGGCAUGUCCAACGGCUACAUGGGCUACCACGGCCAGGGCGGCUCCAUGCCCAGCGGCAGCAUGAAGGACUCUGGCGGGCAGAGCCGAGGCCAGGACCAGAUGCAGUACAGCGGUGGCAGCGGUGGCCGUGGUGGCAGCGGGGGCGGAGGAGGAAGUGGCGGUCACUCACACGGAGGUGGUCACGGAGGUGGCGGAGGCGGCGGCAAGCGCAUGGACAACAAGGGCGGGGACGAUGACGACGACGGAGAGGUGUACCAGUGCUCGGUGUGCGGCAACCACUACGCCAGCCUGCGGGCGCUCCGCAGCCACCUGCGUAGCCACGGCAACGCGCAGGGUGGCAACCAGGGCGCCGGGCCCUCCGCCCUGUCCCCCACCAGCGAGCAGGAGUGGCGCCGGCGUCAGGAGGGCGGCGAGAGUGGCGGCCUGAUGAUCUGCAGCACCUGCGGACAGAGCUUCUCCCGCAAGCAGGACCUGGUCAACCACCAGCAGCUGGUGCACGGCAUCACGCGCCCCGACGGCGCAAGCAUGGGCGCCAGCAGCUCGUCCAGCAACGGCAAGAUGGACGGGCGCAACAGCCACAUCUGCGUCGACUGCGGCAUGAUGUUCGCCGACCGCCACCACCUGAUCACUCACUUGUGUCCGGGCAAGCCCAGGGGCAGUGGGGCACUGGGGAAAGGCAUGAAUGGGGCCAAGGGCAUGACAGGGGGCGCAGGCACCAGCAGUGGGCUGCCCGGUGACCACCGGUCGUUUGGCGACGGCGAGCGCCCGCACCGGUGCGACCAGUGCGGCAGGAGCUACCGACACCCUUGCUCUCUGCUUAACCAUAAGAAGUCGCAUAAGACUGGUGUCUUCCGAUGCCUGGUCUGCCAGAAACGCUACUACAACCUGCUGGCCCUCAAGAACCAUCAGAGGACCCACUUUGACCUUAAAAGGCACAAGUGCGAGGAGUGCGGCAAGGCUUUCAAGAUCCAGAAGCAGCUGGUGAACCACCUGAGGCUCCACGAGGAACACCGCGCCAAGAACCAGGUCCGCCAAGGCAUGAAUCCCAACGGAGGCCGCUACGAGGGGGGCCCGUCCCAGAUGCAGCCCAUGAACCAGGGCCGCGUCCAGAACCCCGGGAAGUACCAGCACCACGGGCAGCAUGGUCAGCACAGCCAGCACGGCCAGCACAUGCACCAGCAGCACGGCCAGCACGGCCAGCACCAGGGCUUCAAGAAGCCCUACGAGGGCGGCCCGGGGACUUCGCGCCCGCCGAACCCCGACGACCCCGAGGGCCGGCGCCCGUUUGCCUGUGACCAGUGCGGCCGCACCUACCGCCACGCCGGCAGCCUGGCCAACCACAAGAACCUGCACAAGACGGGCGAGUACCACUGCAACGUGUGCAACUCCACCUACCCGAACCGCCUGGCCAUGAAGAACCACCUGCGCAUGCACUUCGCCAUGAAGAAGUUCACCUGCCCCGAGUGCGGCCGCGGCUUCCGCACGCAGCGUCAGCUGGAGACCCACACCUCCAACCAGCUGUGCAAGGACCUGCCGGGCCCCAGCGGCCAGGGCCCCGUGGCCGACUACGAGUGCGACGGCUGUGGCGAAGGCUUCGCCACGGCCACUGACCUGGCCUCGCACGACUGCCACGCCUCCCAGAUGCCCUCGUCCUCUGCCUCCCUCAACAGCUCCAGCCUGAGCAUGGAGACGGGCGAGCUGGGCUCCCCGGAGCGCGACGAGCGCCCCUUCGCCUGCGACCUGUGCGGCUGCUCCUACAAGCACGCCAGCAGCCUGCUCAACCACAAGAACACGCACAAGACGGGCAACUUCAGCUGCUCCUUCUGCGACAAACCCUACACCAACUACAUGGCCCUGCGCAACCACAUGCGCAUCCACACCCAGAAGAAGCGGCACAUCUGCAACACGUGCGGCAAAGCCUUCCGCCUGGCCCGCUUCCUCCGCAACCACCAGAGGGUCCAUGAGGAGGGCCACACUCGCUUCGGCUGCCCCAGCUGCGGGAAGAGCUUCCAGGGGAGGUCGGGCCUGGCCCGCCACCGCUGCGGGGACAACCAGGUAGGCAAGGAGGGCAGGAGGAAGGCCGCAUCAAGCGCGCGAGAGGGAGAAGAGUGCCGGUUCACAUGUGAACAGUGCGGCCGCUCCUACCGUCAUGCCAGCUCCCUCCUCAACCACAAGAACACCCACACCGUCGGCAUCUACCACUGCGCCGUGUGCCUCAAGACCUACUCCAACCUGCUGGCGCUCAAAAACCACCGGCGCAUCCACUCCGAGACGCGGCGCCACCGCUGCCCCGAGUGUGGCAAGGCCUUCCGCGUCUCCUCCCAGCUGCAGAACCACCGCCGCGUCCACCUGAAGGAGCGUGAGCUGGCCUGCACCCUGUGCCAGCGUAGCUUCCCCAGCCAGGCCAGCUUCCGCCUCCACCAGGAGAUGCAGCACGGCAUCGCCCGCAAGCAGCCCCAGCAGCACCACCACCACCACCACCACCACUCCCACUCCUCCGGCGGCAGCGGCGGGGGGAUGUCUCAUGGUGGUGGUGGCGGAGGAGGAGAUUUGGGCUGGGGCUCUGGGCUUGACCUGACUCUCAUGCAGGCCCAGGGCCUGGACCCCAACGGGCUGCCCAAGCUGACGCCUUCCCUGCACGGCCCCGGGGGUAGCGGCUCGUCCCGCGGCCGUGACGGGGAUGCGUCGGGCUCGGGGUCCUCGUUGCGCAAGGCGCACGUGUGCGACCAGUGCGGCCGCGGCUACCGGCACGCCAGCUCGCUGCUCAACCACAAGAACAGCCACAAGACGGGCACCUACUUCUGCAACUCGUGCCAGAAGGAGUUUUCCAACCUCAUGGCCCUCAAGAACCACCGGCGCAUCCACACGGAGCCCAAGCGCUACCAGUGCCCCGACUGCGGCAAGUCCUUCCGCGUCUCCACCCAGCUCAUCUGCCAUCGCCGCAUCCACACCAAGGAGAAGCCCUUCUCGUGCCAGCAGUGUGAUAAGCGCUUCUCCAGCAAGUCCAACCUGCGCCACCACCAGAAGGUCCACUGGAGCAGCCCGGCGCCCACGGCCAACACCAACACCACCAGUUUGGGCAGCAUGGGCGCCGCCAACUACCUGGGUAUGCCCGCGGGCCCCUUUAUAUAACCCAAACACACACACACACACACACACCAAUACACACACAGAGUGUCUGGUGUCCGGCUGAGAGUGUGUGUGUGUGUGUGUGUCCAUUGAGGGUUGGGGGAGGAAAGAGUGGGUGAUUGGAGGAUUGUGUGUUUUUUUGUUUUUGUUUUCUAUCGGGGUGGCUUUGGAUUUAGACAUGCCAAGAGUUUAGCUCUGUGUUUAUUUUUAUUCCCCCCCACCUGUGUUUGUAUUAUUAUUAUUAUUAUUAUUAUUAUUAUUAUUUUUUUUUUUUUUUUUUCUGGGGAAGUGCCAAAAGUGCCCCUCUGCCCCCCUCCUCCUGCCACCUCUCCACCCUCCUCAUCCACCACUCAUCUUUGGUAGCAUCUAGCCUCCGCCCCAUUACUGUCAGACUCUCGCAGAGCAGGGCAUGCUGGGUAGGCUCACAGGGCCCCGACAUGCUCGACACUCAGGAGUCACCAUGGACUGUGUGUGAAUGUGAGCGUGCGUGUGUGUGGGUGGCUGUGGUCUCGGGUGGGGCGAGGUGUGGGUUAUCAAGGCCCUUUAGGACUGGUGGUUUAAAUGAACUCAGGUUGGACCUGCAUGCGCCCUCCCCCACACAAAAUAAGAACCUCAUCCCGUCACCGUGGCGACCGACCUUACCUCUGCAUUCCCAUGAUGCUCUGCCCGAUGGCCUUCUGGUUGUGGGUGGCCGCCUCCCCUGGAUAAAAUCCCCCCCCCCCUCACUUUGUUUGUUUUGGUUUUGUAGGGCAAGCUUUAGACUGUUGUUUGGAGCCCUUAACAUGAACUGGGUUGUAAAACUGCACAAGCUAAAGCAGCCGUUAUGGAGGAGGACUCUCGGUUGCGUGUUAUGCGACGCGACAUGGCCAGCAGCUGGUCUAUGAGACCCUGACUGACUUGUCAGCAAAGGGACAAUGCCCUUAAGUAAAUGCCGAUGCCUUUGUGAUGUUGGUGGUGAAGGAAGGAGUGGUGUCACUGUAGCUUCUCCCAAGUCAAUCAAUGAACUACCAUGGAGUCAAAAACAAAACGCGUCCCAAUCAGAUUAGGUGUACAAAAUAUUUACGUUUGUAAAAUGUUUUUGUCAUCACAUUUCAUCCCACACUCUGUCCAAUUUCUCCUAGACGAAGCCUUGUGCAUUAUGCGUUUCUUAUACGUACAUAUAUAAAUAUAUAAAUAUCUAUAUUACGAAGAAAUCAUGGUAAUAACUAACAACUUCCAAACAAAAUCUUGUAGGCACUAGUAAUAAUGUUUGACAUUGUAUAGUGUUUCUUUUUUAAACUGAAUGCUGUGGACAGAGGUGUCGUAUUCUCUGUUGUGUAGAACUGUACUGAGGGUGGGGUGUGUUUCUUUUAAGUUUUUUUUUUUUUUUUUUUUGUAAUCCCUUUUGAUGUUCUAAUUUUUUCUAACUUGUGUGUUUCUUGCAGCACGAAGAUGAGCUUCAAACCGUAUAAUUCUGCAGAUGACAGCAUUGCGCUUAUUGGGUUCACCGUGUACCUCCCCUAUUAUUUCAAUAUGUUGCUCUGAACCCAUACUUCUAAAACCUGCGCCAAACUAGUUAGUGUAUAGAAAGGAUAGGUUGUGCUACAAAAAAAAUAGGAAAAAAAAAGACAAAGGAAAAAAAAAGAAAAUGUAUAUUGAUAGGCCUGUGCCAGCAUUUGGUUUUACCUUGUAUUGUAUCGUACUUCUCACUGUAUUAUUUGCAGGAAGACUUUUAUAUAAAAAAAAGAUCACUGUAGUACGCGUUUUAUUUAUAUUAACACUUUUAACUGAAAAGAGAAAAAAAAACGCUAGUUUUAGAACCUCCCAUGUUAGGAGCUGUGUCGUAGCAGAUCCUAUUCCCCAACCCUCUUCCCUCAUCUUAGCUCGCUUCCUGUGACAUGCAUUCUUCGUAUACACGUGACUACGGAGCCGGAGGUGACGGACUCCUAAUGAACACUCGUUACAGUGACUGUGCCCUCCAUCCUCUAAACUCUUUGUUAUGCUUUUAAAGAAGAAGACGAAAAAAAAAAAAAUGUUGUCUGUCCCUUGUACAAUAAAUCGGGGGAGCGUUAUAAUGUGUGUUUUUUGAUUGCAGUACGAUGAGUAUUAAACGGAUCACUGUAAUGUUUUCUUGCCUUUCUCACACGUGAUGUCGUGGCGGUUCUACUCCCCCUGCCCCCCCCCCCUCCCCUACUGCCCCCACCCCUCUCUAUGCCCCCUAACCCCCCCCCCCUCCCCCACAUCCCUCAUCACCAGCCCCUCCUGCUCCUCAGAAUUGGACUUUCAAUUCCACGCUAUAAGCUCACACUUUUAAGGGAUGACUUUGUGAACUAUUAAAAAAAAAAACAAAAGAAUCAUUCAGUCGACCAUAUUUUAGAGUUUUGCUCUAUUUUUUUUUUUUUUUUUUUUUUUGUUCUUUGUUUUGUUACACUUUUAUCGUAUCCCUUGUAUUUAUUAGUAUUUCUUUUAUUUAAUUGCGUUUGACUAUUUGAAGCUCAAUGUGAACAGCUUGUGGACCUGGGAGCACUGGUGCUAGGAAGUCGAUUCUAUUUUGAGUGACCGUGAUGUUCUGAGUAUUGUGAACACAAGUAGAGCACAGGAAGAUUGUAUAUUUAUGUACUCAAAACCUUCAAAAUUUGUUCCCAUUUGGAUGGUUCAAAAGAGAAAAAAGAAAACAUACAAACGCUUCCAAGUUGCAAAAAUGGCUAGUUUCGAAAAAGGAUUGGGACUUUGAACGAAUAUAAAUAUGUAUUUUUAAGUUUUAACUUUUUUUUCCUCCUUCAUGCAUAUAUAUGUAAUGCUGACUAUACACUUUUUUUAAACUACAUUUUGAUAAUUCAUUUCCUAACAGAACCUGUUUGGAUUAUAACCUUAAUGCUCUCAAGUAAUGAAAAAUAAAUAGCUAAAAAAAAGCCUUGGUCAGUUGAAGUGUCGUUGCUGAGAAGUUUGUCCCCUGCCCCGUCUCCUACCCUCUCCCCAGACGUUGGCGUCUAGCCAAUCCCUGCCUAGUUAGGGCGCGGUCAGAUCACCUAGCCAAUCCCUGCCUAGUUAGGGUGGGGUCAGAUCAUGAGGCUGCUUGUAUCUGGGGCACAAUGUUGUCAUGGAGCAAAUCAAACUUGAAGUAUUAGUGAGUUGUAGUUGUAUUCUCAAUAAACUGUUCUGUUACUGAUGGUAGUGGUUAGGGCUCCUUAUACUGAGGCCUCAUCUGAAAUAUGCUCAUCUCUCUACAUUCAAGGAACCUGCCCUCUGAUGUAGCGGGGUGGCAUUACAGCACUACAGGCAGUUUGCAUAAAGGCAUUCAAACACUAAGCAUGGAAAAGUAACAAACCUCAUUAAGGUAUAAAUAGACAAGGUGUAGGGCAUUUUUAUGGCUUAUUGCCAUGUCUUGCAAUGGUCGUAUUCUAUUUUUUGUACAAUGUAUUCCAUUGUAGAUAAUAUUGACGUUAUUUUUUGCUGUGGAAUAUGGCAUUCUGAAAAGGGGUUAUGUAAAGCGGUCAUAGGUACGACCGUUAAGUGCUAACUGAGUUAUUAGAAGCAUCAUCCACAUGUGUGAUGGUACAACUAUAAAACCAAGAUCAUUUUGUAGAAACAAAGUGAUUACUGGUGUUCCUCUAUAUUAACGUAUUACAACCUAGCAAAACCAGCAACCAUAUCACCUCAAUAAAACUAGAAUGAUCAUUGGUUAUAAAUGGUCGUUAUUCUAUCUGAGCAUUCCAUAUUCAUCUCGGAUAAUGUAUGUGAACAGGGUGCAAAGGAUACUGGUGGUUUUCAGUUUCAUUGAAUGGCUGGAUAUUUAGGUUGAACAUACAUGCGCCUACACAUCCAGUAGAAACAUGUAGAUAUAUAACAACACCUGCAGUACUUUUCUGUUUUUUUGGAUUGGGGGUUGGGUGAUGAGGUCAUCUAGUUCUUGUUUUAUGAUUCUGCCUCUCAACUCUCCCUGACCCUGGGCCGGAUGGCGCUGCUCCUGGCUGGUGUGGAGCUUUGCGACGAGAUUCAAACACUCAUAAGCAUCAUAGUAGUGAACCAACAGAUUAAAUGCCUGGUAAUGUCAGUGAGAACCGUGAAUUUGAACAUCAAGUUAUCAGAGAUGUCCGACUUCUGUUUUUUUUUUUUUUUUUUUUUUUUUUUUUUUGACGUGUUCACCAGAAGGAAGGCAGCCUCUUGUUUAUAACUUGACACACACACACACACAAGGCAGCUUCUUGUUUAUGAGUAAAAAGCACUGAUGAAGGUCUGACUGAGCGAGAUGUCAGUUCAUCAAUAAAUCAGUUGCGGUUA